ACAGAUGUCAUUUGUCAACAAUCAAUUGUCAGAUUCAUUAUUUUGUUUGUAGCUAAAAUUAUUCAAACCUGUUUAUACUUUAGUAAAAAAGAAUAACUAUGCUCCCAUUGUUGUAAAUAAAAUAAGUUAUCAAUAUGGACUUAGACCCGACACCCGAGGCCUUACAAAGAAAGUUAUAUUUUUUACUAGAGCAAUUACAAGACAUGGCUAGAGAACUCCCUCCGAAAUAUCAGAUGAGGGUCCCCAUUGAACUUCUGUCUGGCCUAGCUAACUGUCUGCUUAAUGACACAGUUUUUGAAAUAGUUAAAGGCCUUAUGGAAAUUCAACAUGUUACAGAAAAACACUUGUUUCAGCAAAGGUUGCAAGUUAUUAAUGAAAACACAUUAGAAAUACAAAAUAUGAUCAACACUGUAAUGGAUCCAGAACAGCAGCAACUUCAACAGACUAUACUGUUGGUACGACAUACAGAGCGACUAAAGCAGACCGAUAUGAAGUUGGUCCUGCAACUCGAUCAAAAGGUAACAGACCAGCAAGUUACUUUAGAGAAAGCAGGUGUACCAGGAUUCUUUGUCACUAGUAAACCUAUAGAAGUAAAGGUGCAAAUGUAUCUUCUAGAUUUCAUUUUAAGACUGAGCAAGAUGGACAUACCAAAAGGUGUUAAAUAAAAUAUGUAAAAUAUUUAAUACAUAAUGACAAUGUGUCUUUUACAAGAAGUUCCGUAAGUGUUAAGUUUCAUUGUACUGUUACUUGUAGACGACCUUUACGCGAUCUUGUAUUUGUACUAUAUGUACUUUGUUAUGAAUGAUAUAUAACAUUUAUUUUUUUGCUAUUGAUAUUAUUAUUAUAUUACAAAAGGGAUAAAUAAAGCAUACUCAAUUUAUUCCAAACAAUUUUUUUUUACUUUUGGUACACUUUACAAAUAUUUUGAUAAACAUAGUAAUAUAGACUUAAAUACGUAUAUGUAAUAUCGAAAUAAAAAUCUUAAAGUAACGGAUAUAAAUUCACAGUUUGUUUUGGCAACAUAACCUACAAAAAAACAUUGCACACAAUACAGCAAACUUGUACAUUUUUGUGCAUCUGUUACUUGUAUGCACGUAUUCGAUGAUUACCGAGUUUUUAUUUUAUAGCAAUCUAAAUAUCAUGUACCAGAAGGUCCAAAACGAUACUGCAAAGUAGGUUCUUGUAUUUUUUUUUAUAAAUGAAAAAAAUAUUAACAAUAUAUUUUUCAAUCACAUUUCGUAUCCAAACCACAUAAGAGCAUGAUUUUAUAAAAAGCUUAACCGUCAAUAAAAUAAAUUACUUCUAAAAGCCAAACCCUGACCACAAUUUCGUGGAUACAAUUACUACACAAAAACAAUUUGUAAAUGUUCCAAAUAUAAGCGGGAGAUAUUACAAAUACCACAUUCACAAACAUUAUACAUUUGUACAUCUGCCGAAAUACAAAUUAUAACAAAUCACAUUCAAUAGCAAAAAUAUUCAUCUUC